AUGUUGCUGACACGCAUACAAUCUGAAGCGCGAGAGUGGGAGCGUCUUAUCCCUCACCUGGAGUUGGCUUGCACCACGACGAGUCAUUCAUCCAGGGGGCCCUCCUCCUUUGAGGUUAUGAUUGCUGAGGACCCGUUUACAGCGGAUCGAGAUGUCGUUGGUCCAUUGGCCCAUAUCCUCACCCCUUCCAUGGUUAAAUCUUUUUUAGAACUAUGCGGCCCGGCACAGAAUCAUUUUUUAAGGGUAGGAUGGCACCAAAAACUCUACACGGAUUCAAGUCGGCGAGCAGUGGAAAACUCUGUUGACGAUAAUGCGUCGUGCUCCAUACUUAGUCCCUUAGGAAGCCUCAGUGGACUGGGCCGGACUGAUUUACCUCUCACCACACAGAAAAAUGACUCGAUUUUCGUGCUGGCCGAUUCCCUCGCCGAACUGGCUCACUUCACCCCGGCUGAGAUAGAUGUUGUUAUCGAUUAG